GUCGUGCAUAACAUGACAAGGAGUAUUGCAUUAAUUGAGAAUGGAGAUAUAAUUUACUUUUUAUAGAAGUAGUUUUAUUAUUAAAAUUGAAGAGCUUGGCAACUCAAGUAAAAGGGAAAAAAACAUCAACACUAAUUUAAUCUUCUAGAUAGAGAAAUACCUUCACUAAAAGUAGAGAUGGCAGCAGUAGAAUCAUAUCCGAUGAAGGGAGGAGAUGGCACCUUCAGCUACGUCAAGAACUCCAGCUUUCAGAAAUCUGCUUCAAGUGUAGUACAAGGGCUAAUAUCCUCAGCAAUCACUGAGAAAUUUGAUGUCAAACCAUCAGCAACCCCGACGACGAUCCGUUUAGCUGACCUUGGCUGCUCAGUAGGACCAAAUACGUUCACUGCAAUGCAAAAUGUGAUAGACACAAUCAACACCAAAGCCAAAUCCUUGUCUUGCCAAAACCCGCAAUAUCAAGUCUUCUUCAAUGAUCAUGUAGGAAAUGAUUUCAACACCCUCUUUACCUCCAUUCCCUCUGAUCGUGCCUACUUCUCAGCUGGUGUGCCCGGUUCCUUCUAUGGCCGUCUCUUCCCUGACUCAUCGCUCCACUUCAUCCACUCGUCGUAUUCUCUACAAUGGUUGUCUAAGGAGCCUAAGGAGUUGGUUAACAAGGAAUCUGAAGCGUGGAAUGGUGGGAGGAUCCAUUACACUAGUGCUCCGCGAGGUGUUGUGGAUGCUUAUGCUAGGCAGUUUUCUGAAGACAUGGAGUUGUUCUUGGGUGAAAGAGCGAAAGAGCUCGUUGUUGGUGGGAUGAUGGUGCUCAUUAUGCCUUGUAUUCCAGAUGAAACUGUGGCUCAUUCUCAGGUUCCUGCUGGGAUCAUGUUUGACCUCUUAGGUGCUUCCCUAGUGGAUAUGGCUCAAGCUGGAGUCAUAAGCCAAGAGCAAGUAGACUCCUUCAACUUGCCAAUCUACAGCGUUUCACCAAUGGAGAUGGAAUCCUUAGUAAAGAAGAAUGGGCGAUUUAGCAUUGAGAAAAUGGAGUUAACUGAUCCAACUUCAGGAAGAAAGAAUAAUGAGGGUGGUUCUAAGACUUCGGGUGAUGGCAACGCAAUAGCGAAUCACUUGAGAGCUGGAAUGGAAGGAAUUUUGUCUAAACAUUUUGGCGUUGAGAAAACGGAUGAACUGUUUGAAAGGUUCUCUAAGAAGACCAUUGAGUUUUCUGAUAAGUUCAAGUCAAGCCUUAAGCAAGGAACUCAGUUGUUCAUUGUCCUUGUCAAAAAGAAUUAAGCUCCUUUUAUAA